AUGUUGUUCGAAGAAGUCAAACCUGUAGAAAACACUAAUUACGACAGAAGGGUACGUGAAAAUCAGAAAAAUGAAUUCAAAAAAAUAUUAGAAGAAGAUCAAAUAUCAUCCUAGAUUGCAGAAUAAUUAGCUACAUCUCUUGAAUAAGAAGCAUUCACACUUUCUGGAGGUGAUCAUACAAGAGACUAUAGAACUAGAGUUAAUACUGUUAAAAUGCGCUUGAAGGGAACUAAAGGAUAAUUGAUUAGAACUGCCUUAGUCGAACAAAUUCUAACACCAAAAGAGUUAAUGUCAUUAGAUAUGUCGAAGCUAAGUGAGGAUAGCGUUUAAGCAUUCCUGCAGAAAGAAUAAAGAGGUCUCCCCCAACCCUAAACUAAUAUGAAAAAGAAUGUCCCUUAAAGAGGUCCUCCUACCAGACCUCCUGCCUCAGGAAUACCACCAGUAAAAAAUUAAGUUGCUGCACCUCCUAUUCCACAAUCCACUACAUAAAAUUAAUAGCAAAUUGUCAAUCAAUAAUAAUUAGAAGAUUAGACAAAAUUUGACAAUUAAAAUACUCAAAUCCAAAAUGAACCUCAACCACCCAACUAAGAAUAAGAACUUAAUUUACAAGCUUAACCUCAGGAUUAGAAUCCUUAAAUUUAGAAGUAAGCCCCAAAACAAUAAAUUCCUCCUCCAAAUAAAACUAAAUAAGUGGCUCCAGUUUAAUUCUCUAACAAUUAAACUGAAGAGUUUGGAGUAUAACAAUAAUAAAGAUAAUAAUAAGAUAAAAACCUCAAUACACAAGGAAAUAAUUAAUUAUCAUCCAAUGUCCCAACAAAAUAAUAAAAAGCUGAACCUUAAAAAAAUGAAAAUGUCCCUCCCCCACUUGUGCAAUAAUAAUAAACUAAUUAAAUGAAUUUUUAAAAAGUAGAAAAUGAAAACUUAGAAGAAGAAGACUUAACAAAUUUUGAUUCUUUAAAAUAAAAUCAAGAGAAAUUGAAUUAAUUAGCAGAACAAUUGAGAUCUGAAGAAUCAGAAGAAUUAUAAGAAUUAUAAGACUCCAAUAUUGAAAAUCAAGAAAACUUUAAUCAAAUAGAAAAUCAUAAUAACUCUUAAAUAGAUAAUUAAGAAGAGAAGCCAGGAAUGUAAUUUUAAAAUACUCUGAACUAAUAAAAUAAAGAGGAUUCUUAAGAGAACAUUCAUCAGACUCAACCAGAAAAACAAAAUAAUAAUGAAUUUGAUCAAUAAUAAAAUGGCGAUUUCUAAUAGGAAACAAUAAUAUAAUAAAUACAUAACUUCUAAGAACAAAAUGAAUAAGAAUUUAAAGAAAAGGAAAUUACCUCAUAAAUUAAUUCUACUCAAAGUUAAUUUGAGGCUCCUCAUCAUCAAUUAAAAAAAGAAGAAAUUGUAACUUAAUAAAAGAGCUAAGAUUAAUAAGUAAAACACUAAAAUAUCACAUCUUAAAAUAAUUCACAUUAAUAAUAAUAAUAAUAAUAAUAAUAAUAAUAAUAAUAAUAAUAAUAAUAAUUAUAAUAAUAAUAAUAAUAAUAAUAAUAAUAACCACAACAAACAAUUUCAACAUAAAAACAAACAUUAAAUUUUUCAAAUGAAUAAAUAGUUAAAUAGUAAGAAGAGCUUAUUGAAACCUUAAAUCUUAAUACAUAAACUCCAAAAUUCACCAUUUAAUUGCAACAAUAAUAAUCUUAAUAAAUUGAUGUUGCCGUGUUUGAAUAAAUGAUAAAAUAAAGAGAUAUUUAUUAUGAAAAAUAAAUCAAUUAAUUAAUUAAACAAAAUAAAGACCUGUAACAUUCAAUUACUCAAUUUUAAUAAGAUCAUUUAAAAACAAUAUAAGAUUUAUAAAUAAAGCACGUGAGUUAUCAGACUUAAAUUCAAUAACUUCAAAAUGAAAAUUAGCUUUUGAGAACAUCUUUAUAAAAUUAAGAAUAAAAUUCGUUUAAAUAACUUAAUUAGUUAAAAGAAUAAAUUUAGAAUGAAAGAAAAUAAUUUUAAAAAUUAUAAGAAAUUUAAUAAAUGGAAAAAUAAAAUGAAAAACAUUUCAUUGAAAAAUUGCAUUCAAAUACAUAAUAAAGAAAGGAUAUUAUUCAUAAAUAUCGCAUAUAGUAGACCCAAUCAAAUUUGGAUGACUAAAUUACUAUCUUAUAAGGAUUAUUAUCAAAAUUAUAGCCACCUUAAUUACCUAGGGUUUAAUAAUUCUAAUAAUCAAUUUAAGUUCAAGCAAAUGCCUAAUUAUAAGUCGUCCAAACCUAGGUAGUUGAAGCUCCUGCCCCACAUUAACAUCAUGUCUAAUAGUAAAACCAAUAAUAUUGGGCCAAUGAAGACGAGGUAAAUUUACAAGGCUAAAUUGUAAAUGCAGAUUCUGGAUCGACUUAACUGAAAACUGGAUAUAACUAAAUAUAAGUUCAAGAUGUGCAAGAUGCAUAAGAUGAGUAAGGUGCUUAAGAUGAAUAAUAAUAAUUUGACUAGUAGGAUCAGGAUUAGUAUGAUUAAGAAGGUUAAUAAGAUGAGCAAGAAGAAAAUGAAUAAUUUGAUAAGAUAACAAAUUAAUAUGAUCAUGCUAUAUAAGAGUAAUAAUAAGCAAUAGAAAAUUAGUCUCACUUAAAAUAAUAAUAAUAACACUAAGAAUAACAAUAACAACAACAACAAAAACAAUAAUAACAACAACAACAAUAACAAUAUUAAUAACAGUAACAAUUAUAAUAGCAAUAAUAUUAGCAAUAAUAAUAACAAUAGCAAUAAUAAUAGCAAUAAUAAUAACAAUAAUAAUAACAAUAACUAUUAUAAUAGCAAUAAUAAUAACAAUAGCAAUAAUAAUAACAAUAACAAUUGUAAUAAUAAUAAUAAUAAUAAUAAUAAUAAUAGCAAUAAUAUUAAUAAUAACAAUAGCAAAAGCAAUAAUAUUAACAAUAACAAUAGUAAUAGCAAUAGCCAUAAUAAUAAUUAUCAAAUUCAUCUUAAUAACACCAAGAAGAGUAAAUCUAAAAUAAUGAAAUACCACAUAAAAUUGAAAAGAAAAUUACGCAUGAUAAGCAAUAAAAUGAGCACACAGACCAACAAUAACCAAACUCAAAUAUUAUUAAUAAUGAAAUACAAGAAAACACUUACCAUCCUCCUCCACCAAAGAAACAAAGUCACUAAAAAUAACAAAAUUAAGCAACAUUUGCACAUCCAAGAUUGGCACACAAAUAAGAGAAUAAUCAUAAUUAAUAAUAGAAUUAAUAAUAAAAUAAUUAAGCAAAUAACCCAUUUUUUGACUAUUAGGGAGCAGAAGAAUAUUUUGAAACUAGUAAUCCGACUAAUUUCUAAUAAUUUUUUGAUAAAUAAGUUGAAAUACCAAAAUAACCAACUUCCUAAUAGAGAGCUAAAUAAACAAAUAGAAGAGCAAAUGUCCCUGGAUCAUUGUUUGAUUGA